UUAAGAAAUUAUGAAGUACACUUCAUUCGGUGAACAAUUGUAAAUAUCAAAUUGUUAUCAGAUAGAUAAAUGUACCGGAUGUCUAAAAUGUUUAUCAAAUUGUCAACACGAUAAAGUCUUUAUAAACGUACAUGUAUAAGAAUGACGACGAAACGGAUUCCAGAAACUUUUGUCGAAGGGUUCCAUGAUGGGGAUUCAGUAUCAAAGAUGAGGUAUAACGACUUAGGUAACACUGGCAUGAACGUAUCAGUUCUCAGUUACGGUGCCUCUUCACUAGGCAGUGUUUUUCAUGAAACUAAUGAUGCCGAGUCACAGAAAGUUGUAGAGUUCGUCCUUAAAAGUGGAAUUAACUAUAUUGAUACCGCUCCAUGGUAUGGUCAUGGUAAAUCAGAAACAGUUCUAGGCAAGGCAUUAUCAUCAAUUCCAAGACAAUCUUAUUAUUUGGCAACAAAAGUUGGACGUUAUCAGCCAGAGGUAGAGAACAUGUUUGAUUUCAGAGCAGAAAGGGUGAUACAGAGUGUAGACGAGAGUUUACAGAGGCUUGGAUUGGAAUACAUUGAUAUCAUACAGGUGCACGACAUGGAAUUUGCGCCUAAUUUGGAUAUAAUUAUCAAUGAAACACUACCAGCUCUCCAGAAAAUCAAAGACAGUGGAAAGGCAAAGUUUAUUGGCAUAACAGGUUAUCCUUUAGAAAAUUUUAGAACAGUGAUAGAUAGAAGUACUAUUAAGAUUGAUACCGUGUUAACAUACUGUAGAGCAUGUAUGCACGAUAACUCACUGGUGGAUUAUAUUCCAUAUUUUCAGGAAAAGGGUAUUGGUAUUGUCAAUGCUUCGCCUAUUGGUAUGGGGCUACUUUCAAACAGAGGACCACCUGAAUGGCAUCCUGCAUUACCGGAAAUUAAAGAUGCUUGCAAGAAAUGUGCAGAGUACUGUAAGGAACAAAAUGUAGAUAUUUCCCGAAUAGCAACCGCUUUUACUUUACAACAAGAAGUAGCGACAACAUUGGUCAGUUCUGCAAGUUUAGAGAAUAUGAAAAAGAACCUUGACUCGGUAUACAACCCACUAACGGAAAAGGAUAAACAGGUGUCAAGUUAUGUAAUCAAAACAUAUCUAGAUCCACUGUCAGUUAAACACUGGGAAGGUGCAGAAGUAGCACAGUACCGGGAUUCCUUAGCAAAACUUAACAAAAGCAAUUAAAUCACAAGUAAUAACAUUCACAACUUGAUUUUAAAAUACAAAAAUAAGUAAGCAAUAAACGUGG